UUGUCUGGAUGCGGAAGUUGAGUAUUCUGUUUGCUCAACUCCUCACCAUUGUUCGGUAAAUUUGCUGUUGUUGGGUCCCUUUCUAUCUGAGUGAAGGCUGAACUUCACAUGUAUUCUCACUAAAAUUUCUUCCUCUGUCAAACAUCUAUUGUGGACGGAAGCACUUGCAGAUGGAAAUUUCAAAACAGAUAUCACACCAAAGUGUGACAGUCACUUAAUUCAUGCAUGUUAAAUUUCAUUGGCCCUUGAAUCCAGAGGAAAAGAUCAUUCUUUUUGGUUCACAUGAUUUUAAAUAUCAAUACGACUAAAAAGCACUGAGAGACACACAGACGACCUACCUCCGGGAGCAACUGUGGAUGGUGCUUUAACCAGUUAGAUGGCCUGAAAAAUCAUUGCAGCAUUCACAGCAGAGAGAGACUGUGCAAGUGUUGUGUGCGUGGACAAGGCUCCGACUGAUCUUUUAACUUGGAGAGAACCGAAGCACCCGCAUUAUGGAGAAACCAUGGCAUUGUGUGGACUGUGGGAAGAAAUUCCGCUUCCCUUCUGAGCUGGAAACUCAUCGACGUGUUCACACAGGGGAGAGGCCAUUCACCUGCCCAGUGUGUGGGAAGGGAUUUACCAUGUCAUCCACUCUGCAGACACACCAGCAAGUUCAUGCUAUGAAGAGCCCGUUCACCUGUCCUGAGUGUGGGAAGGGAUUCAAUGUAUCAUUCCAUCUGCUGACACACCAGCGAGUUCACACUGGGGAGAGGCCAUUCACCUGUUCUGUGUGUGGGAAGGGAUUCACCCAGUCGUCCAACCUGCUGACGCACCAGCGAGUUCACACUGGUGAGAGGCCAUUCACCUGCUCUGUUUGCGGGAAAGGAUUCAUUUAUUCAUCACACCUGCUGCUACACCGACGGGUUCACACCGGGGAGAGGCCUUUCAUCUGCUCCAUGUGUGGGAAAGGAUUCACUCGCUCGUCGAACUUGUUGACGCACCAGCGGGUUCAUACUGGGGAGAGGCCUCUCAACUGCUCUGAGUGCGGAAAGGGAUUCAGUCAUUCAUCCACUCUCAUGGCACACCAGAGAGUCCACACUGGGGAAAGGCCGUUCACAUGCUCCGUGUGUGGGAAAGGAUUCACUCAGUCAUCCAACCUGGUAACACACCAGCGGGUUCAUACUGGGGAGAGACCGUUCAUUUGCUCUAAAUGUGGGAAAGGUUUCAGUGUGUCGUCCCACCUACAGAGACACAAGCAAGUUCACACCGGAGAGAGACCAUUUGUCUGUUCCAAGUGUGGGAAGGCAUUCACUCAGCUGUACAAUCUACAGACACACCAGCGGGUUCACACUGGGGAAAGGCCGUUCACCUGCUCCAUGUGUGGGAAAGGAUUUACUCAGUUAUCAAUCUUGAUUAGACACCAGCAAGUUCACAAGUGCUUACAGGAGUUGGAUCCUGCUGCUGUUAGCCACAUACAGGACUGAACAAUGGUCAUUCUGGCAGCUGCAAAAUGUAGUGGGGGUGUUGGAUGGAGUUGGACUGUUUCUUUCUGUUGUAUUUGCUGGUUUCAUGGCUUUGCUUCCAGUGGGUUGAUACUCUCUGAGCCUGGAAGUGGGCAUUUCCAUGUAAGUCAUCUGAAAAAGCUACAUGAACAGUAAAAAGUCAUGAAAAUGUGUCAUUGGAAGUAUUAGUUUACAAUAUCAUUGACUGGAACACAUUGUAAACUAAAGGAGAUUGACUGCAGUGAGGAAAAAUGUUGCAUUAGCCAAGAAUAGAAGCUGCUGAACUGGAGUCACUAAGUUUAUGAAAUGUUCAGGAAGCAGUCCCAUGAACCAGUCCGUGGGUGUUAUAAAGCUAUUUGAUUUGGACACAUCUGUCUGAAAGAUCCUCCCUCAAGAGCCAUAGCGUAUAUUCUAACUUCCUCCUCUCUGAAAUUACAAUGGCCUUACCAUUGCAAGCGGAGUGUUCUUAAGGGAGAAUUCUAAGCCAUCUCUACAGUCUCCAGAUAAGAAGAAUUCCAUAUCUGAUCCAAGAAGAAAUACCACACAAACAGUUUGUGUGCAAAUUAGACUUUGGCUGUAAACCAGUGUAAGCAUGGAAUAAAGAAAGGAAUCAAUUCAGCCUUCCUAACUCAGUUGUAACUUAGUAAAUAUUAUUUUUUCAACCACUACAUGUAACCUUAAAAUAAAUAACUUCUCCUACAGCAUUCACCUUACAGCACAGACCAGUCAGCCCAAUUAGUCAAUGUCAGUAUUGAUGUACCACACGAGCCUCCACGUACUUUUGUCAUCUCUUCUCCUCAUUCCACCUUGCCCCACCCAGCCUCUCAAUCAGCAUAUCCCCUGUU